CAUAAUCUUAUUUUAGCAUUUUAUUUUGGUCUAAUUUUUGAUGUCUUAAAUACCACGAAAGAGAUCAAAUAUAAUCUACACUUUAAAAACAUAAAAAGAAUGUUAAGCUUGACUUCAAUGCUCUUCAAUACCCAUUCAUCUUUGUCUGCAGUAUAUAAAUGCUCCUUCAAGAAGAAAGAGGAGAGAGAAAGAGAGCGGAAAGAAGAGCCGAAACUGAAACCCAGAUCAAAAUCAAAGCAAUGUGCGCAUUUCCCUCUCCCCCUUCUCCUUCUCCACCGCCGCCGCCGCCGCAGCAGCGUUCACCGUCCUCUCCGGCGAUCUCUGUCGCCAACGAUGAGCAUUCAGGCGCUCCGAGUCUCAUCAUAAUCGUCGGCAUUGUAGCUUUCGUCAUCACCGCCUCCGCCUCCAUACAUCUCCUACUUCGCCUACUUUCCCGUUCCCGAUCGUCUUCUUCUUCCUCCACCUCCUCGUCUUCUUCCACCCCUCCAUCUCCUGUCCCUCUCCUCCGCAGCCUUUCCGUUGCCGGUGACGACGCCGAAUCGCCGGCUGCGGCGUCCGAUCGAGAUCAGCUUAUCUCAUCGCUCCCUAUCUUCACCCUCGCCUCCUCCGUGUCCGCCUUCCAGAAAUCUCAAUCGCUCGACUGCGCCGUUUGCCUCUCCAACUUCCACCCUCACGACGAGCUUCGCCUCCUUCCAGCAUGCCGCCACGCCUUCCACUCCCAAUGCGUCGACACCUGGCUCCGAUCCACUCCAUCCUGCCCCCUCUGCCGUGCGUCCAUCCACCUCCCUCCGGCGGCGGCUCCCCAGCCGGCCGCCGAUCCUUCCAGAUCUGGAAGCUUCCGCGUCGAAAUCGGCAGCGUGAGCCGCCGGAGGCCGUCAGUGGACGGGAUCCCCCCCGGCCAUGGGCGAUCAUACUCGUUAGGUUCUUCAUUCGAAUACUUGGUAGACGAGGAGGUGGAGGCAGUUUUGGAGCACCUGAGGAGGGCACCACAGGGGAAGCCAGAGAACGGCGUAGGAGGUGCAGUUGCGCCGCCGCCACCAGGACCGGAGGUCGCCGAGGCCGCCGGAACCGGGGGUCGUGGAUGGCUUCGGGAUUGCGUCGAUCGGCUGACUUCCUCGGCUUCUUCUUCCUUCAAUUCUUUGAGAUUCUCCGGAAGAAUCGGCAGCCAUCAGUUCGAUCCACCUCCGGCCAGCGCCACCGGCGGUGUUGACCGGAGUUGGGAUUUGGAGGCGAGCAGUACUUUCAUGGAAUGGGAAGAGGAGAGCGGGUUCGGCGUGCUCUACAGAUGGUUAGUCGGCGUAUAAUGGCAAUUUCGGAAAUAUAUUCUCCCACAGAGCUAAUUCUUAAGAAGCUUCUCGGGGAUAAAAAAGUAAAUAGACGGAGGAUAUGCACGCUUUUCUUUUAUCCUUACUAUUUUUACUGAAUCAGUCGUUGAGGGCUUCAUACUUAGAAAUUCUAUGUUUGUUAUUGUUUCCAUCACCGAUUUGGACGAUCAACGAUGAGAUGAGUGCCAAACCUCAAAUGAACCACAGAACUUGAGGAUG